UAAAUAAAAAAUCUCAUUUUUUCAGUGCUAUACACUUAUGUAUUCACAUGACAUAAUACUACAUGUAUGUCCAAAGGACAGUGUAUAAAAUUGCGUAUGGCCAGAACUUUGACUUGACUGAAAGAAAUACUUUACGGACAGUACUCUCUGGAUAGACAUGUAUGGAUGUACUUAAUAAAUGUCAGUGUCCACAUGUGUGCUUGACUGUUCACCUUUAGAGAGAUGUGCGCACAGACACAAACGCGUUCAUCUUUCAUUUCACCAGCAUCUACAGGUGAAGCUGCACCGUCAAGAGAUCAUCGCAGCUGAAUCUGCAGCAAACCGAGGAGCGGCAGCGGUCAUGACAGAAGCUCAGGAUUACCUGAUGGACGGGAGUCCGCUCCUCACCGCCGCUCAUCUGGGUAAACUCCGUUUGGUCCGUCUGCUGGUGGAAGGAGGCGCGCAGGUGAACGAACGCAACCAGAGAGGAGAGACGCCGCUGCUGGCCGCCUGUCGUGCUCUUCGUGGUGAGCAGUCCGGAACGACAAUGUUAAGAGUGAUCAAGUUUCUUCUUCAUAACCACGCAGACCCAAACAUUCAGGACAAGACGGGUCGCGCCGCGCUCAUGUACGCCUGCAUGGAACGGGCCGGGGCGGAGGUGGCGGCCGCUCUGGUAGCGGCGGGAGCCGAUCCGAGCAUGGAGGACUACAGCGGAGCUUCAGCUCUGGUGUAUGCCAUAAACGCUCAACAUCAGGACACGCUACAGGUGCUGCUGGACGCCUGUCGAGCAAAAGGACGAGACAUCAUCAUCAUCGCCACAGAUCUGAACUGUGACGGCAGCAGCGUCACGCGACGUUACCUGAACGUUCUCCCGUCACCCAUCGCCUCACCCGUCUCGUGCAUGUCUCCCUCAGAUAUCGAGCUGAAGACCACCUCUCCAAACUCUGAUGGAGAAAACAUUUUUAAUUUUCGAGGAGGUGGCGCGUCGUCUCCCGUCCUGCCGAGGAGCGACACCGCGUACCGUCAAAGGUUGCACUCCGAGCCCUGGCUGGCCAUCCAGAACCUGGCCCAUCUCACUCAGACCUACGAGAAGAACCUGGCGGGAACGUUCGAAGAACGCGAUUUAACUUUUGAAGAGGAUCAGACAUCUGUUAGCAGAGGUUUUUCAAGAACGUGUAGAUUAAAGAAAAUGGAUUUCGAACCCAAAGACGCAGGAGUGUGCUCCAGGAAUCCCACAGAGAAUCCAUCAGGUCAAGAGCACCUGCAAAACCGAAGAAACACUUUGCCCGACCUUCAAAGUCAAGCGUUACUUCAGCUGCCGUCUGUGAAACUGACUCUGUCCAGCUCAGACACUCGCUUACACGAGCCUCCCGCCGCACCAGCACCGACUCCCGCAUCCUUCGGCGGGAUACGCUUCCCAUCCAUAUACAGAACCAGAUCGCUGCUCCUCGCGCCUCCCUGUGGACUUCACGACUGCAAAACACUGAACAAAAAGAAGACGCGAGAUCAAUUUAGCACAAGACCCGAGUCCCGCCAAGGUUUUCUGCCCCCUCUGCCCGGUCACCCUUCCAUGCGAGCCGUAUCCAGAGACCCAAACUCUCAUGUCAGUCAGAUACGCCGUCACUCUGUUCAGCUGGAGCAGACGCGACAGACCGGAGCUUCAGAGGAGACCACCUUUCUUUCCUGAAAUGUGUCU